AUGGCUGAGGAGCAUGCUCACUGCAUGACUUGUGUCAACCGAGGAUGCAUGGUCAGACCUCAGCCAGGCGUUUCCUGUGAUCUCACCGGCUGUAAUUUAGUGUGCGGCGCAGUAUUUCACUUGUGCAAAGUUGAAGAACACAACCUCCUAUGUCCGCUAGUGAGGGUGCCCUGUUUGAACAGCGCCUACGGAUGUCCCGCCAACAUGAUGCGCAACCAGAUAUCUGCGCAUCUGCCGUUGUGUCCGGCUGGGGUGGUGUGCUGCACCAUGGAGUGGAACCGCUGGCCGGUCAGCUGUACAGACUACUCAUCUUACGAGCGCUUGAGUCGUGGCGUGAAGGAGGCGGAGCAACUGGACAUGGCCCUCGCCCUCCAGGACCAGCGCACUUUGCUGGAAUCACUCAAGUUAAUAGCCAUCACGCCCACCGUCCAUGGUAGCUGGUUCAGCCCCCCGGAUAGGAUUGUCAGAGUGACGGAACUGGAGUUGUCCGCGCUGAUGGAGUUGCAUUCGGCCACGGGGAAAGAGCGCAUCGCCAACGGUAUAAACGCAAUGAACGAACAGCAGUACACCAAACUGUAUGAGGCCACUGUAGAGACAGCGAGGAGCUUAGCCACGGCUUUGGAGUUGGUUAGUGGCUCAAACUCUUCCGAUAGCCUUGCUGAAGGUGUAAAAGCGGAAGCCGCUUUGCAGGCCAGCAAACUGGAAGGACUGGUGCAGCUUCAAAACAUACGAACAGCAGACGAGACUAUGGAGAAAGAAACGAGUUCAUUAACAAAAGCCUGCCUCGAAAUAGUGGCACAAGACGACUUGGUGACUCCUCAGGAUGUGGUGAUGUCCCCUUUGCUGCAAGAAAGGGAGCCAGCUCUGGAAAACCACAAACCGCAAGAGCAGAUACCUACCCCUGCCAAUCAAUGGGGAACCAAGACACAGGACAAAGCAGUGGACACCUCUGACCUGGAGCAGGAGGAUGACCUCGUGGGACUUGGAGAAAUCGACUUGAUCACAGCUGCCCUGAUUUUCUGCUUAGAGGAGUCCAAAGACUGCAAGAGGAUAUCUGAUACACUCUGCAUGGAUAACGGCUACGUCCACUCGGGAACGCAGACGUUCCCAUUCCCGGCAGCAGUUUUGGUCACUAACACAAGGGUCGGCGAUAUGGCCUCCGCGUCCGCCUGCGAUCACGCUUCCCCGCAGAUCUCGUCCCCUAGCCCCUUCCACACUCUCCGCCUUAGCUUGGUUCUGGAAGCCCUGAAGGUCGAGGCGGACAUUAACAACUACUACUUCCCCAGGAGCACCCGCUACCAGCACAUGUUCCCCUUUGUGUGCGCGCAGUCCUUCCGCAGGGAUGAAUUUCCCUCGCAUUUCAACAACGUCCACGGCGACAUUCACGCUGGCCUCAAUGGCUGGAUGGAGCACCGCUGCCCUCUAGCCUUUUAUGGCUGCACCUUCUCCCAGCGGAGGUUUUACCCCAGCGCGCCAGGUGCGAAGGUGGUCCACGACAGGCACCUGAGGUCCUUCGGGGUGCUUCCUCAUCCAGAUACCAAAUUAUCAGGCGAUUCCCAGUCGGACCAGUUCAGCAGGCUCCCCAAUGAAAUACUGAGGCACAUAGCUGGUUUCCUUGAUGGCUUCAGCCUGUGCCAACUGUCUUUGGUGUCACGGACCAUGAGAGAAGUGUGCGCCUGUCUCCUCAAGAGCAGAGGCAUUGUAGAGCUACGGUGGGAGAGGAGGCAAGACUCUAGUGGUCACAUAACCUGGCAGGUUAAACAUAAAGUAUGGCGGUUCAGCACCGCAUUCAGCCCAGUGCUGAGGUGGGGCUUCACAGACGUCCCCAGCAUGUCGAACCACUUGAAGAAAUGCCAGUACAACACGGUGGAUCGCCAGACCAAGCCGGUGCCCCUCCCCGGCCUGCGUCACGUCCUGAGUCCCUUUAGCACUUUAGCACUCUCCAAAUAUUUCAACACUAGCGAGGAUUCUUAG